UGAAAGAUGGGCUGUUUGAUUAUAUAGUGUACAUGUACUUUGAUGUGUUUAUGACAGAUGAAAAGGAAUGCUCAGAAAUUCCAACACCGUGCAACCACAAAUGUUUGGAAACUGAUGGUGGAUUUAACUGUGCCUGUGAACCGGGAUUUUAUCUUUUGCCAGAUGAAAUAACAUGCCAAGAAUGUGAUGAAGGUAGUUAUGGAGAUGGUUGCAAGUCAAUUUGUAACUGCAGUUUAUACAAUACGAAGUCAUGCAACACAGUCAAUGGUUCGUGUGACUGCCUUGGCGGCUGGGAAGGAGACAGAUGCGAUGUCGAUAUCAACGAAUGUGAACUCAUGCGAGUUCCAGAGUGCCCUGAUAACUCAGAAUGUGUCAAUACAGAAGGGUCCUUCCUCUGCGAAUGUAAUAUAGGCUAUUUGAAGACAGCUGACGGAGUUUGCGAAAUUUGUGACAGACAAUGGUAUGGCAAGGAUUGUUCUUCAAAGUGUAGUUGUGUAUCGGAGAAUACCGAUAGAUGUAGCAAUACGGAUGGUACUUGUACUUGUAAAAAGGGUUGGAUUGGCGAAAACUGCACUGAAGAUGUUGAUGAAUGUGGUGAAACUUUGGAUAUAUGCUUAGGAAAUGACAAUGCCAUAUGCCACAAUACAUUGGGGUCUUAUAGAUGCGAUUGUGCGAUGGGCUAUGUUUCACAAAACAAUACAUGCAUAGAUAAAAACGAAUGUCUAGAUGGUACAGCCAAGUGUCUUCAAGAGUGCAUUAAUACGGAUGGUAGUUUUAUCUGUAAAUGUUUCCUUGGUUACCAGGGAUACUGGAACAGCUGUAAAGUAUGCUCAAGUAACACGUAUGGUGAAAACUGUACAGGAGCAUGCCGCUGUAAUACAACAAACACGCUAAACACGGUACAGUCAUGUGAUAUCCAGAGUGGAAAGUGUCGCUGUAAACCUGAGUGGAAUGGAGACACGUGCGAAACUGACGUCAACGAAUGUUUGAAUGACGGAGCUUGUGCUAAGAAAAAACAUUCUGGUUGUAUUAAUAUUCCCGGGUCUUACAGAUGUGACUGCCUGAGAGGGUUCCAGGAAACUGACGGCAAAUGUGUUGCUGAAGAAAUAACAACUAUUCCACCAAUUUCAGGUGAUUCACGAGAGUUGAAUUUGAGCUUACGACUAGAUGUUUCACCGGGUGUAAAUCUGAAUACAUCGGUGGGAUACAAAACUGUCAAACAGAAUGUCAAGGAGACGCUUUCAAACUACUUCUGCAAAAAUACAGGGGACAAGUGUACGUUACGAAUUAAUGAUAUCAGGACAGGGAGUAUAAUUGUUGAUUUCACGAUUAUUUACGAGUCCACGAAUACAGAUCUCGGUACAAGUCUUGCCAACGCAGCUGUCGAUUUAGUGACCGGAAGUACGCUUGAAUAUACCGGAAAUCGUGUGAGGGCUAACCUAAUAGGACCCUUUGACAACGAUUCUAGUGUAUGUGAAAUAUACACUAAAGUUCAAGGGCCUUGUCCACCUGCUUCUAAAUGCUCUGAAGUAAAUGGAAGUCCAACAUGCAGAGAAAUACCGACUGAAGAUAUAUUUUCCUUGUAUUUUGGUCUUGGAGCUGGGGGAGUGUUGGUCAUUUUGAUACUGCUGAUAUUUGCACUUGCUAUUCGUAAACUCCGAGAGAGGCGGGAGAGAGAGAAACAAGCACCUACACAUAUUAAUAGGUUGCAUAGGGAUGGUCAGUUUCAGAUUCCUCCAUUGCUGGAUAACAAGACGGUAAAAAAGGCACCAGAACCUAAAGCAACGCCUAGACGUCCGACAGUAUCUGACAAUAGAAGCAACUAUCCGGAAAGAUAUCAGGCAAAGAAAGGUAUGGUGUGGAAGCAGUCUAACUCUAAGAACUUUGGUAUUGAGAACUCUAACCUAAUGCACACGGUGAACUUUCAGAAAGGACACGGCUUGUUACCACGGCUGGAUUUAUAGUUAGGGCUUCGUCCGCCAAUACCUAACCCACAGGAAUCAUCGAGGGAGCCAGAUCAAGACAUUCCGGACAGUUUCAUUUAUUGAUAAAUGAAUUAUGUUUAUUACCGAGGAUAAUGUGAAUGAUUUUUCUGCUUUGAAUAUACAUGGACGAAUGGAGAAAAAUCGUAUUUCCAUAAAUCAUUUAUGUUUAUUACCAUUCUGUCGCUAAUUAGUUAUUUUUUUAUAUGAUUCUGUCGGGAAUGAAUGAUUGAUUUGAAAUAUUCAUGACAUUGUAUGCAGAAAUAUAGUUCAUAAUUAAUUUUGAAUUCCGAAAUACUCUGCAUAGUCUUGUUUAAAUAUUCUGUAUAUUUUUGCAUAAAUCGUGAUCUUAUAAAAAAUUAUAUUAUAAGCUGUCCGGAAUGGUAUAUACUUACCUAGGACAAGAAACUGUGAACAUAUUCUAUUUUUGAGUGGUGUUGUCUGGAGGAACUCAUGCAAAUGCGAAGUAAUGUUUAAGAGGUUGAAAAUGAUAAUUGUCCUUAUUGAUUUUAUUCCGGUCUUUCGUAAAAGGACUGGAUAUAGAAGAUAUUACAUGAGUGUCUUUUCAUAUUGAAUUUAUUAAACGAGUUGAAUAAAAUAAAAAAAAUGCGAGGCUCUGCCGAGCAUUUUAUCAAUUUUAUUCAACGAGUUUAAUAAUUUCAAUGUGGAAAGUCACAAAUGUAAUAUUCUUUUUAUCAUAUGUUAUCUUUUCCUGUCGAAACAUAAAAAAUUCUACUUUCUUUUACUAUAUAAACAAGUCAGUUUGACCAACGUCUCCUAUACUAUAAACGACGUCGACGUCAAAGCUUUAUUACACUAGUGUAUUAUCAUUUUUAUGUAAUGGCUUUAUUACACUUCCUUGGCGUGAAACAUGUGAUAAAAAGCUGAAACUUCACCAGUGGCGGAUAACUAAAAGUAUAUAGAGGAUAUUUGUUUGUUUUUCGUGAAUAUAGAAUAUAUCUCACUGAAAAGUGACAAAAUUUCAAAUAUUUUCAUGAGCGCGUAGCGCGAGUGAAAAUGUGAACAUUUUCUCACUUUGAGGUGAGAUAUUCUAUAUUCACGAAAAACAAAAAAAUUUCUGUUUAUUUUAUGCUUAAACGUUGAGAUAUGCAUUUUGCAACAAAUUUUAAUCUCAGCGCGGGAAACAGACGCGCGUAAACGAACAUGACGUCAGACGUGUUGUGAUUUAGAAAGAUGCACACGACAUAAAGUUCCAUUUUAUUUUAUUUCUUGUUGCAUAACUUUAUGAAAUUCUCAUUAAGUAAAAUAAUUUGAAUCGAGAAAUAUACUAUAAAGAACAAAGUGCGACUACAAUUUUAGUCCUGUUUUAAGCAAAUAAUUUAAAAUUUAUACGCAAUAGUUGUUACAUGGGGUAGGUUGUUACAUUGCAAAUACUGAAAUGAUGACGCAUCAUAUAAAGUCACAGAUUAUGCGUGUUUGUUAGUUUUGAAAGUCGCCAUCUUUUACGGAUGCGUUGUUUAACUUGGUGACCGUUAUUUGAAAAAUAGAACAAAAAGCUAGAUUUUGGGCCAAGUAAGUAAAUUUUCGAGUUUUUCAUACAUUUUUGGUUCAUGUGCACGCUUGAAAUAUAUAUAAAUCUUUAAAAAUGUUGUUGGACUAAGCAAGGAAUUGUGCUAAAAAUCGCAAAAUCUCAAGAGGUUACAUGCUUUCUCUGAGUUGUCAACCUUAGAUAUUGUCACGUGUCGUGGGGUCGGGGCAUGUUGUUAGAUACUACAAGUUGACCCCAAAGAGAAGAUUCACAAGAGAAUCUUUAUUUGAGACUGGAACAACCGUAUUAGACCUUCCUGUUUGAGACGAGGGAAACCAGAACACUACUUUUGUUAUAGUAAAUGCCCGAUUGAACCAGGAAGCUGCAUAUGGGGGUGGACAUUGUUGGCUCUACGCUGUAGUUACAUUGAAUAGCAGAGAUGACAACUACCCCUUGCGCAUACUACUGAAAAUGAAGUGAAAUGACCAUGCCAGUUACUAUACAGAUUUUUCAAAUGGCCAAAAUGUAACUGACGAUAUUAAACGCUACCUUAUAUUGUCGACUUUGUGUAGCUGCAUUGGCACCUCUGCCAUCUUAAACCAUCAGAGCUCCUCUGGCGAUACAAACAUUAUUGCAAUUUGUCUAUGAAGAUGUCGUAUUCCGCGGAGAUAUAUAUAUAUAUAUAUAUCUUGUCCUGAUUGGUGCGAAUAGAAAUGAACAUUACAGUGGCGUCAAUAAAAUAUAAUAGUGCAGUAAGAGCAACGAACAACUACAACAGGCCCGCGUUUUCUCCAGGUAAGAAAUGCCAAUUUAGAAUGACUGCUGGAUGGCGAAAGAAUGUAAAAGAGCUCUUCUGACAGAUACGCCCGAAAAGAGUGCUAACAUAGUAAAAUAAGAAUUCACCAUGAAACUGUGGAAAAUUUGCUAAAAAUGAGCAAAACAAGUGCUCAAAACUAAAGAACAGAAAGCAACAAAACAAAAGAAAAAUGCAAACAGAUGUAAACAUCGUCCUAUUUGUCAUCAUCGUGGAUAUGAUGGAGAAAUGGAAGAGAUGUUUUGAUUUAACCAUAUUGUUUUGCCUAUAUACAUGCAAAUAGAUACAAAAAAAAUACAAGAAGCAGUUUCAGUAAAUAGCAGGGGCCUAUAGCAUUAUUCAGGCUUGCAUUAAUGCUGAAAAAAUGUAGUAUGGACCUGUACGGUUUGAAAUUCGCAAGGUUUUGUUUAACUUCCAAGGCUCUACUACCAACUCGGUGAAAUGAUUUAUUUGUGAAAUGAAAAUAAUGUGUUAUACAUGUUAUAAACAGAUUGGAAAGCAUUGUAUGUUUACUGUUGUGUUGCAAAAAUGUAAAUUCUUUGUAAAAUUGUAAAAUUGCUUAUUGUAACAAUCUGCCCCAGACGCUGUAACAAUUUACCCCAACGGUGGGGUAAGUAGUUACAUUUCACCAACAUGAUACAACUAUCUUUAUCGGAUAGAAAUAUUCUUCGUUUUAGAAUUAAUAGUACAAAUUUGAAAAUUGCAAUGAUUGAGCUUUACAAAGAUAAUAAGCUGGACAAAAUCGGUUAAAUAAUUCAUCCGAUACAAUAUAAAAUAUGAAAAAUGUAACAAAUUUCCCCGGUCUCCCUACUAGUUGAUCGGCAAAGCUAACCAUUUACACGACAAAGCUAUAUCAUUUGCAGUGAGUGAUAUUGAUUAUAUCUCAUUGAUAAAACACAGUAUUUCAUCAGUUAGCAUAAAAUAAAAUAAUUCAUUGGGUAAAUCUCUUAAGGUACUGUGAAUUGUCAUGACAAAAUAAUAAACAAGAGACAAUUUGCUUUUCCAAAUAAUUCCAGUGUCUUUUUUGAAUCACUGUUAGGUUAACUGUGAUUUCUCGAAGAUUGAGUGGCUUGUGAUUCUGUUAUUGAUUCUGUUAUGGAAUGUCAGAGGAGAAUACUAGUCACAUAUUGGUACUUGAAAAUAAUGUGGAAAUGAUUAAUUAUUUAUAAAUACUCCAUUUGCGUAGAGAGGUUGUGAAGUUAACGGUAAAAAGAGGGGAUAGGGUCAGCGUGCCAAAUCUAUCAAUACUUUUUCUGAUCUUUGUUUUCUUUCCAUUUACUAAGGGAUACUACGAUACUACUAAUAAAUACAAAUACAUUUGUAUUGCGCAAAAGCUAUUUCAAAAAUUUAUUUUGCGCUUCACACAAUCGUAGGUUAUUUACAAAUUCCAGUCUAUGAUAUAAAGUCAUUUAAGCAGUUCAUCCAUAAAACGUUUUAAAGAAGUAAGUUUUCGGUUCUUCUCUGAAAGAUCUUUCAUUUUUCGUAUGUUUAAGGUCUCUAGGAAGAUUAUUCCACUAUUUUUGUCCAACAACAGCAAAGAAUCUAUCAGCGAGUCUCGUCCUUGUUCUUGGGACAGUAAACUGAAUAUCAUUUGAAUAUCUUAAUCUGUUUUUUAUUUGAGCACACCACAAAUCACUCAAAUAAGAUGGAGCUUUUCCUUGCCAGUACGAAA